GACAGGACGAGAGGGAUGCUGAGCCCACCGGUGCUUUAAAACAUCACGGAGGAUUGGAUAUUUCACACAGCGUCCCAUCUGUAUCCUGGAGUUUUUCUUCAUUCACUCUUUUUUUUUGCUUCUGUCUUCCUCCUCUCACCUGGAUUUUAGGCUUUUGGUUGGGUACAUUUAUGGGUUGCUGGUAGGACGCAGGACAGGUGACUCACGAUGGCCGUGGCUUUGGACGCAGUGUGGGUGAGGGUGAAGAACGUCUGCAAACAGAAUGGGCUCCUCAUCAUGUCGGUGCUGGCUGUGGUCAUUGGAUGUCUUUUGGGAUUCUUCCUAAGGACACGGCGCCUCACAGAGCAGGAAGUGAAGUACUUCCAGUUUCCUGGAGAGCUGCUGAUGAGGAUGUUGAAGAUGUUGAUUCUCCCGCUCGUCGUGUCCAGUUUGAUGUCAGGACUGGCAGCCCUCGACGCCAAGUGUUCCAGUCGGCUCGGUCUGAUCACAGUGUCUUAUUACCUGUGGACCACCUUUGUAGCUGUGAUAGUGGGGAUUAUCAUGGUCUCUAUCAUCCACCCAGGCGGUGCAGCACAGAAAGAGGACUCUGAGGACAGCGGCAAGCCUAUCAUGAGUUCUGCUGAUGCUCUGCUGGACCUCAUCCGCAACAUGUUCCCAUCCAACCUGGUCCAGGCCACAUUUCAGCAGUAUCGAACAAGUAGCCAGUACAUUGUGAAGCCCAAACCGACGGUGAGUCAGGCCCAAUCAGAGUCCACCACGCGGCGAGCGCUCAUCUACGGUAUCCAGGAUGAUAAUGGAACUGACAUCCAGAACUUUGCCCUUGAUCUGACUCCACCUCCUGAUGUACUGAUACGCACGAAGGAAGGAACAAGCGAUGGAAUGAAUGUUCUUGGAAUUGUUAUUUUUUCCGCCACUAUGGGAAUUAUGCUGGGAAGGAUGGGGCCAAAUGGCAGCGCCUUGGUAAACUUCUGCCAGAGCCUGAAUGAGGCCGUCCUGAGAAUCGUUGCCAUUGUCAUAUGGUACUUCCCGUUCGGCAUCGUGUUCCUGGUGGCCGGUAAGAUCCUGGAGAUGAGCGAUCCAUCAGCAAUGGGGAAAAAGCUGGGUUUCUAUGCUGUCACCGUGGUGUUUGGUCUGGUGUUGCAUGGCUUGUUCAUCCUACCCGCCAUGUACUUCUUCAUCACCAAAAAGAGCCCCAUCGUUUACAUACGGGGAAUUCUGCAAGCCCUGCUCAUCGCCCUGGCAACCUCUUCCAGCUCUGCCACAUUGCCUAUAACCUUCAAGUGCCUCUUAGAGAACAACCACAUUGACCGCCGCAUCAUCCGCUUUGUGCUCCCUGUGGGGGCCACCAUCAAUAUGGAUGGCACCGCUCUCUAUGAGGCUGUGGCUGCAAUAUUCAUUGCACAAGUAAAUAAUUAUGAGCUGGACUUUGGCCAGAUCAUCACCAUCAGUAUCACAGCCACUGCAGCCAGUAUCGGUGCAGCAGGGAUACCACAAGCCGGGCUGGUCACCAUGGUGAUAGUGCUAACAUCUGUCGGGUUGCCAACAGAUGACAUCACUCUCAUCAUCGCAGUAGAUUGGGCAUUGGACAGAUUCCGCACUAUGGUAAAUGUAAUGGGGGAUGCUUUGGCCACAGGGAUCAUGGCACACAUCUGCAGGAAAGACUUCAUGAAAGAGGGAGAUGGGGUGCCUUUGAUCUGCGAGACCAAACCAGCGAUAAACAACCCACCCCUGUUGAACUGUCACAACAACAAUGGCAACUACCGGCUCCCUUCCUCAGGGGUCAAACAAGAGUUGAUCCCUUCAGAUGUGGCCCGGCUGAUGCAGCUGGAGGAGGGCGUUCGGCCGCCGUCGGAGAGGAAGAAGCCUCCGAUUCCCCCGAGGCACCUGAAGAAGGGCAAAGAACACUGCACUAUUGACAUGAAUGGCCUUGAGACCAACGUAUAGCCCCCUUUCUGAGUCUGUGUAGAUGUGCUGAUCAGAACCUUGAUACCUCUACCGGUGGGAGAACAGCACGGUCAGGCUCAUCUUCAUCUUUCAGCUUAUUCUGUAAAACUAAGAAGAAAGUCUCACAGUGGGGCAACUGUUGGUUUAUGGUCAUUAUAACAGUGAAAUGCUUCCUGUAAGACUGAAUACAGUGGAAUUUAUGACCCCAAAAGGACAACAGUGUGAUUUUAUUCAUAUACAUUCGUCCUGGGUGUGGACGUGCAGCAUGAGCUCACACCUAAACUCUGAGACUCUGAAUACAGGCGUGAGUACUUGCAUUGAUAAACUGAUUUCUAUUUGAUAUCUGCAUUUUAUAUAAUUUAUAAUAUUUUUUUUUGUCUGUGUGCAACAUAUUAAUAAGACAAGUGUUUAUUAUAUUUUAUACCACUGCAAGCAACCAGUUGUUUGUGUCAUAUAAGAGACAAGUCAGGAUUGCAAGUGGUUUGAGCUAAAUGAUGCAGGAGGCAAAGUGAAAUGCCCUAACUGUUUAAUUUUGCCUUAACAAAGCUGGAGGUGCUAGGCUUAUGGUGAUGACAGGUAAGAGAGGACUGAAGAAGAAGAUCAGAAACGUUACAUUCCCUUCAUGUUAUAACUUUAAUACAUGGGCAAAAUAUAGAUUUGUAUGGUUUCAAGUAAUAGCCCCAGGAGCACUUAAUUUAAUUAAACUUUCCUGGCACUUGAACAGCCUAAAAACAAUCACUAAUUCAACAUUUAAAACCAUGUGGUCCUUGUUUAUUGGAUGAGUUUCUUUUGCUACUAGUUGCAAUAUAUCA